AUGUACGCCAGGAAGUCAGAAGGAAAGGAGCUUCGCAGAGGAAGGUCUUUGGACAACAGGACCGUCUCCAGCAGCUUUGGGAGAGGCUCGACAACCAUCAUAUUCACUCUGAAAAACGAAGUCGGUGGUCUUAUAAAGGCACUGAAACUUUUCCAGGAAAAACACGUCAACCUCAUCCACAUCGAGUCCCGGAAGUCCAAACGAAGGAAUUCAGACUUUGAGAUCUUUGUGGACUGCCACACCGACCACGAGCAGUUCAAGGAGCUCACCGAGCUGCUCAGGAAGCACACGGACAUCGUGGAGAUCUCGCCGUUCGACGGCUCCGCUCUACCCGAGGACGAUGUGCCCGGUGUGCCGUGGUUCCCCAAGAAGAUCUCAGACUUGGACCUGUGUGCAAACAGGGUUUUGAUGUACGGCUCUGAACUUGAUGCAGAUCAUCCGGGAUUUAAGGACAACAUAUACAGAAAACGAAGACAAUAUUUUUCUGAUUUAGCUGUAAACUACAAACACGGUGAGCCCAUCCCUCGUGUGGACUACACUGCAGAGGAGGUGCGUACCUGGGGCGUGGUGUUCAGGGAGCUCCACAAGCUGUACCCGAGCCACGCCUGCAGGGAGUACCUGAAGAACCUCCCACUGCUGACCAAGUACUGCAAAUACAGCGAGGACAACAUCCCCCAGCUGGAGGACGUCUCGCACUUCCUCAAAGAGUGCUCAGGCUUCAUCAUCAGGCCCGUUGCCGGUUACCUCUCCCCCAGAGACUUCCUGGCAGGCCUGGCCUUCAGAGUCUUCCACUGCACUCAGUAUGUCCGCCACAGCUCAGAGCCUCUGUACACACCUGAACCAGACACAUGCCAUGAGCUGCUGGGUCACGUGCCUCUGCUUGCCGAGCCCAGCUUCGCUCAGUUCUCUCAGGAGCUCGGUUUGGCGUCGCUUGGCGCUUCAGAUGAUGAUGUAAACAAACUGGCCACGUGUUACUUCUUCACUGUGGAGUUUGGGCUCUGUAAGCAGGACGGCAGGCUGAGGGCGUACGGCGCGGGGCUCCUCUCCUCCGUCAGUGAACUCCAGCACGCUUUGUCCAGCAGUGCCAACAUCCUUCCUUUUGACCCCACGGUGACCUGCAACCAGGAGUGCAUGAUCACCACGUUUCAGCACGUUUACUAUGUGGCCGACAGUUUUGAGGAAGCCAAGAACAAAAUGAGGGAGUUUGCCAAGACCCUUCGACGUCCCUUCACGAUACGCUACGACCCCUACACUCAGAGCGUGGACGUUCUGGAGGACACCAACAACAUCAACAGCAUGGUGAAGGACAUCCGGCACGAGCUGGACAUCGUCGAAGACGCUCUGAACCGACUCAGCAAAAAACUGCAGAGCGUGUAAAGAGGUGCUCACAGUAAAGCCGCUGACAGCCGAACACCGCUUCUAUGCCUCUGCUUCUGCUCUGAAUCUACUUCUGCUGCAACAAAGCCGACACCUCCUCCUGAGGGGGGAGGGGCCUCCUGAAACAUUCGCUAGGACACAUUUAUUGUUUGUAGGCUGAGCUGUAAAAAUGCGGCACGUGUGCCGUGAUAAUCUGUCUGUAAUCAUGUGAAUUUGUGUGAUGAUCUAUAAAAUACACAUAAUCGUGUGUGAGAGUUCUGCAGUGAUCUGAUCCUGGUUCUGUUUGUGCUGCUGCUCAGUUACUGCGGCAUUUAAUGCGACACAGCA